AUGCCCACAAGGAUAUAUGUCGGCAACUUGGACAAAGACGUCCCUCCUGAGAAGGAGGAGCUGACAAGGAAGUUCAAAAAGUACGGGGACAUUGUGGACGUUUGGGUCUCGAGACAGCCAGCAGGAUUCGCAUUCGUCACUUACGACACCUACAAAGAUGCAUUGAAAGCCAUCGAGGAGAUGGAUGGUGUGAAGUUUCAGGGCAAGAAUCUCAAUAUCCAGCUCUCGAUGGGGAAGGGUGGAGGCCUGUUGAACAUUUUCCACUUGCAGUUGCACAAGCGGAACAGUUUAAUUUUGGAGCAGGUGGUGGUGCACAGCCUGCCCCGCGUGGCGCAAGGACAGAAACUGUACUUGCUGAGAAAUUUAGAUGAGCGGGGAGCAUCGUGA